UCUGACGUUUGUAGUGGACUAAGGAAUGCUUUUACUUGCUGCUGAGCCUGACUGUAACUGUAUUGCUGUAGGACACUUACCAUGGGGUCUAGAGCUACUGAAACAGCCCGGGAACUGGAAGGCACCUCUUUAAAGUACCAAAUAGGAGGACACACUGAGAAAAUGUGGCAACGGCUCAAAGGAAUAUUAAGAUGCCUGGUCAAGCAACUGGAGAAAGGUGAUGUUAAUGUGGUGGAUUUAAAAAAGAAUAUUGAAUAUGCAGCAUCUGUGUUGGAAGCAGUUUAUAUUGAUGAAACCAGGAGACUUUUGGAUACUGAAGAUGAACUUUCUGACAUCCAAUCCGAUUCAGUCCCACUGGAAGUACGGGACUGGCUGGCUUCUACCUUCACGAGGAAAAUGGGGAUGACGAAAAGGAGACCCGAAGAAAAGCCAAAAUUUCGAAGCAUCGUACAUGCUGUACAGGCUGGGAUAUUUGUAGAAAGGAUGUACCGAAGGACCUCUAACAUGGUUGGUUUGGCAUACCCAGCAGAAGUGAUAGUAACAUUUAAGGAUGUUGAUAAAUGGUCAUUUGAUGUGUUUGCCCUAAAUGAAGCAAGUGGAGAGCACAGUCUGAAAUUCAUGAUGUAUGAGCUGUUCACCAGAUAUGACCUUAUAAGCCGUUUCAAGAUCCCUGUGCCCAGUCUUAUUUCAUUUGCAGAAGCUUUGGAGGUUGGUUACAGCAAGUACAAAAAUCCAUACCACAAUCUGAUCCAUGCAGCUGAUGUUACUCAAACCGUGCAUUACAUAAUGCUUCAUACUGGUAUCAUGCACUGGCUCACAGAACUGGAAAUUUUAGCUAUGAUCUUCGCAGCUGCAGUCCAUGAUUAUGAGCAUACUGGGACCACAAACAAUUUCCAUAUCCAGACAAGGUCAGACGUUGCAAUUUUGUACAAUGAUCGUUCUGUUCUUGAAAAUCAUCAUGUGAGUGCUGCUUACAGACUUAUGCAAGAGGAAGAGAUGAACAUUCUGGCAAAUUUAACCAAAGAUGACUGGAGGGAACUGCGUAGCCUGGUCAUUGAGAUGGUCUUGUCAACAGAUAUGUCAGGACAUUUCCAGCAAAUUAAAACAAUGCGACAUACUCUGCAGCAGACAGAGGGGAUAGACAAAGCCAAAGCCAUGUCUUUGAUUCUACAUGCAGCAGACAUAAGCCAUCCAGCAAAAUCUUGGGAACUGCACUACCGGUGGACAACGGCACUGAUGGAAGAAUUUUUUCGACAGGGAGACAAGGAGGCUGCUUUAGGGCUACCAUUUUCCCCACUCUGUGACCGCAAAUCUACCAUGGUGGCUCAGUCCCAAAUAGGUUUCAUUGAUUUCAUAGUAGAGCCCACGUUUUCUCUUCUAACGGACUCAAUGGAGAAAAUUAUUAUUCCUCUUAUAGAGGAAGCUUCAAAGUCUGAAAGUUCUGCCUUUGGGGCACCCAGCCAGCAUAGCUUGGGAGCAGUAAGCAAUGCUGAUGUACAAAGAAGACCCAGUGUUAAAAGUACUACAAGUGCUGGAGGGACUUCCACAGACAAUUCUUUAGCAACGGUAGACCUAUCAAGCUUUAAGGACAACUUGGUGCAGAUCAUUCAAGAAAACAAAGAAAGAUGGAAAGAGUUAGCUGUGCAAGACCUAUCAGGAAAAGAAAGUAACAGAAGUAAAGCCCAAGACAGUAAAAGAGCAGAUGUAGGAAUACAGGAGAAAGCAUCAAGACGUAGAGAAGAUUUUGUACUGUCUAGUAAAUCCUGUCCUGUCUCAACUCCAUUACCAAAUGUUCCCACUGGUUCUGUACUACAGUACCCUGAUAGUAACACAGCUGAGCCAAUGGAAAUCAACUUUUUAGUUUAUAAUGCAGACUCAGAGCUUCUACAGCCACAGGACAGUGAUAUUAUGGAGACCACAGAAUCAUAUGAGGAUUUCAUAGGGAAUGAACCUGCAUGGAGUAAGGAGGGUCGGGACACAGAGUCAGAUAUACAAGAGAUGAGAGACAUGAUACCAAGAACAAGGAGUCUGGGUCCUAAUGAGAGCGAUGAUAUCAUCAUUGAGGAAUAUAUACCUGACUAUCCUGAAUCCCAACCAUUAACCCAUCCCUGUGAUUACCCUGCCAAAACUUUUCAAGAACACACCACUAACUUUUCUUUUUUUCAGGCAGAUUUAACUAAGAGUGACAUGGAGAUUUUAUCACUGUGGAAUGAAGAACUUGUGAGAAAUGUUGGUGAACAGCAAAAAGACCAAAGCAGAAAACCUGCAGAUGCACAAUUACAGGAGGAAACAACCAGGACACAAAAUGAGAGUAGUCAGGGAAGUGAUGACACGCCUUUACCAAGAAGCUCCACUCCCAGUUCCUUCGUCCUACAAGUUAUAACUUUCGACUGUCCUCCUAGCGCAUCCAGCUCGGAGAAAUUCACUAACUCUGAUCCAAACCAGAAAGAUCCCACCGAGGCACAGCAAGAAACACAGCCCACUGACCCAUUGAAUGGUGAGCCUAAACACUGUCAAAAAUCAGAAGAUAUAAUAAAAGCCACUGAACAAAAACAUGCUGUGAUACACAACUAGAUUUGCUACUUCUUAAAGGCUUCUGACAUUUUAGUCAUGAGAGGAAAAACAGAACAGCACUACAAGUUCCUAAUUCAGCUUUCUGUGAAGCUAUCAUCUCCUCUAUGUACUCGUUCUCGGACCAUGCCAUUUUUAUGGACAACCAUUGGACAAAAUAAUGAUAGUAAAAACCAUAAAAUCCUGAGCUGGUAACUCAAGGCACUUAAUAACUCUCAAGGUUUGAGAUGCAUUUGUAACUGGUUUAUUUCCUCUUCUAUUUUGCCUUCUUAAACCUAGCCAGAGUACUUUUUCAGCCAAAACUUGGACUUCAUUUUAUUUGCAUCACUGAAACCAGUCGUUGCCAAAUGAGCAUGAGAUACAUGUUAAUAUAUAAGGCACUUAUCAUUUGCCUGGUUUGCUGUAAAACUGCUGGUAACCUUGAUCUACAUCCAACGGAAAUGGAAAGCCAAACUGAAGCUGGCACAGACAAUUGUUUAUGCAUCCACACUGCAUAAUGACAUUUAAGUCCCACUUGUCAGAUUUCUUAAAAUCUUUGGAAACAAAUUAGAAUGUAGACUGUACAGAGAAAUGUUAGUGUUGUACUGAGCAGCCCAUGUGAACAAUCAAUGUAUCCUGAUGCUGUGGCUGCAAUUUGGAAAAAAACUUGGUGUUUAAUGAAACCAGCCUUUGAAAUAUC